UUCGCAUCGGAACCGACGCCUAAUCGUCAAUUUGGGACGUCACAUAUAUAUACUACUUAACUAUUUUAAAAUUAGACCCAGAAUGCCGGUGACCAAGCCGGCUAUUAAGCUUCAUAACAUUUAAAUACUUCUGGUGCGUACAUUUCUGGAUUUUUGGAAAGCAAAAAACUGCAUCUACACCUGCUAAACAGCAGAGAAAUAUGGCUUAUUGUUGGGACAACCGAGUGGCGUUCGUGGUGAAAUAUUUAUACGACGUGGAUAACAAUGGCUACCUAGAUGAAAGAGACUUUGCCUGCUUAGCCUUGAGAGCCACAAUAAUUGAGGGCAAAGGCGAAUUUAGCUUCUCAAAGCUUCAAGACUACCAGCACAUUAUGCUCAGUCUCUGGGAGGAAAUCGCAGAAUUGGCCGACUUUAACAAGGAGCUGUUGCAAGAGGGCAAAAUCACCACCGACGAGUUCAAGCAGGCGGUGCAGCAGUGCUGCAUGGGCAGACGGUACGAAGACUUUCCUCAGGCAAUGAAAAUGUUUAUAGACUCUAAUUUUAAAAUGGUCGAUACAAAUGAUGAUGGAGUGAUCGAUGCCGAUGAGUACCGCUUCAACUGCAUCACAAAAUUCGCCAUAGACGAUGUGGAAAUUGUGGAUGAAGCAUUUAAUAAUAUGUUGAGUGAUGACGAUAGAAAGCGAGGAGGAAUUACCUUGUCCAGAUAUCAAGAAUUGUACGCAGAGUUCCUGGGAAACCCCCAGGAAACGCCGGCAGUCUACCUUUUCGGGCCACUAUCAGAAUUUUUUUGCGAAUACGAGAUAGUUGGAUAACCGAUCCGCAACGGAAGGCUGUUUUUAUUAAAUAUUACCAUAGUUUUACUUUUUUACACUUAAUACUCCGUACUGUGUACUGAAAAUUAGCAUACUUCAAUAGAAAUACAGUGUUCAUGGUCCAAUUGAUUCAUUUGGGAAAUGUCAACUACUUUCCGCCAAAUUCGGUAUUUUAGAGCAAAUCAGAAAAAUAAUUGCUGUUGUGCAACAUAUUUCUUUAAUGGCAAAUAUAAACUCGUACAGAAAA